AGAGAGGGGAGGACACAGACGAGACGUCGUCAAGCUGCCGGUAAUAGUGUUGUACAGUGAGGGGGAGUAUAUAGAGGAACACAGGGGUCUGUACAAGGACAUGAUGAUGGAGAAUCACCGGCCCCUCACAUCACUGGCUAAGAGGAGACUGUCAUGUAUUGUACAGGGGAGAGCAGAUGGGCCCAGUAACAGAGAUACCCCAGAGAGAUGUCCCCGUCCUCUGUAUUCCCAGGUUUGUACAGAGGAGAAUCACAGGACCCCGAAGGAGAAUCAGGGUGAAGAAAUUAUGAUUAUUAAGGUAGAAGAUAUAGAGGGAGAAGAAGAGACGUAUGUGACUGAUAUGAAGGCAGAAGAUAUAGAGGGAGAAGAAGAGACGUAUGUGUCUGAUAUAAAGGCAGAAGAUAUAGAGGGAGAAGAAGAGACGUAUGUGACUGAUAUAAAGGCAGAAGAUACAGAGGGAAAAGAGACAAAUGUGACUGAUAUAAAGGCAGAAGAAAUAGAGGGAGAAGAGACGUAUGUGACUGAUAUGAAGUCAGAAGAUAUAGAGGGAGAAGAAGAGACGUAUGUGACUGAUAUAAAGGCAGAAGAUAUAGAGGGAGAAGAAGAGACGUAUGUGACUGAUAUAAAGGCAGAAGAUAUAGAGGGAGAAGAAGAGACGUAUGUGACUGAUAUAAAGGCAGAAGAAAUAGAGGGAGAAGAGACGUAUGUGACUGAUAUGAAGUCAGAAGAUAUAGAGGGAGAAGAAGAGACGUAUGUGACUGAUAUAAAGGCAGAAGAUAUAGAGGGAGAAGAAGAGACGUAUGUGACUGAUAUAAAGGCAGAAGAUAUAGAGGGAGAAGAAGAGACAUAUGUGACUGAUAUAAAGGCAGAAGAUACAGAAGGAGAAGAAGAGACGUAUGUGACUGAUAUAAAGGCAGUAGAUAUAGAGGGAAAAGAAGAGACGUAUGUGACUGAUAUAAAGGCAGAAGAUACAGAGGGAGAAGAAGAGACGUAUGUGACUGAUAUAAAGGCAGAAGAUAUAGAGGGAGAAGAAGAGACGUAUGUGACUGAUAUAAAGGCAGAAGAUAUAGAGGGAGAAGAAGAGACGUAUGUGACUGAUAUAAAGGCAGAAGAUAUAGAGGCAGAAGAAGAGACGUAUGUGACGGAUAUGAAGGUAGAAGAUAUAAGGAGAGAAAAAGAAACGUAUGUGAGGGGUGAUCAGCAGUGUAAGGAGGAGGAGAUCCCUACAGAUAUCAGAACAGAUGGACGCAAUACAAGGAAUACCUUAGAGGGACAUCUCACUUGGUCUCCAGAUUGUAAAUUAGAAGAUAAGAACAUCACACGAGGAUCUCCAGAAGAAAACCCCAUUUCCCUAAAUAUACAUCCAGUACCUCACAGUGCAGAUAUAUCAUCUGAUCCCUCUGUUCCUGAGGAAUGUUCUCCUGGUAACUCACAUAUUGCUGCACAUAGUACAGCUCGUAGCGGUGAUACAGACGUUUCCUCUUCUGAGCAAGGGAAAUGUUUUACACAUAAAUCAGAUAUUGUUAGACAUCAGAGAGCUCACACAGUUGAGAGGCCAUUUCCGUGCUCUGAAUGUGGGAAAUGCUAUAAACAAAAAUCAUAUCUAAUUAUACAUCAGAGAGUUCACACAGGAGAGAAGUCAUUUCCAUGUUCUGAGUGUGGGAAAUGUUUUACACGUAAUGCAGAUCUUGUUACACAUCAGAGACGUCACACAGGUGAGAAGCCAUUUCCGUGUCCUGAGUGUGGGAAAUGUUUUACACGUAAAUCACAUAUUGCUACACAUCAGAGAAGUCACACAGGUGAGAAACCAUUUCCAUGUCCUGAGUGUGGGAAAUGUUUUACACGUAAGUCAGAACUUGUUCCACAUCAGAGACGUCACACAGGUGAGAAACCAUUUCUAUGCUCUGAGUGUGGUAAAUGUUUUAAUGACAAAUCAUAUCUAAGAGUGCAUCAGAGAUGUCACACAGGUGAGAAACCAUUUCUUUGUCCUGAGUGUGGGAAAUGUUUUAUAAAGAAAUCAGCUCUUGAAAUACAUAAGAGAAGUCACACAGGUGAGAAAUUAUUUCCAUGCUCUGAGUGUGGAAAAUGCUUGGCACAGAAAUCACAACUUGUUUCACAUCAGAGAACUCAUACAGGGGAGAGGCCAUUUCCAUGUUCUGAGUGUGGGAAAUGUUUUGCACAGAAAUCAUAUCUCGUUAAACACAUGAGAAAUCACACAGGUGAGAGGUCCUUUCCAUGCUCUGAGUGUGGGAAAUGUUUUACACAGAAAUCACAUCUUGUUAAACACAUGAAAAGUCACAUAGAUGAGAAGUCCUUUCCAUGCUCUGAGUGUGGGAAAUGUUUUUCACGGAAAUCGCAUCUUGUUACACAUCAGAGAGAUCACACAGGUGGGAAGUCCUUUCCAUGCUCUGAGUGUGGGAAAUAUUUUACACAGAAAUCACAUCUUUUUAGACAUAUGAGAAGUCACAGAGGUGAGAGGUCCUUUCCAUGCUCUGAGUGUGGGAAUUGUUUUACACGGAAAUCACAUCUUGUUAAACACAUGAGAAGUCAUACAGGUGAGAGGUCCUUUCCAUGCUCUGAGUGUGGGAAAUGUUUUUCACGGAAAUCACAUCUUGUUACACAUCAGAGAAGUCACAUAGGUGAGAACCAACUACUGUGAGAUAUCGGAAAGUCACAGUUGAAUUUCCUCUAGUUGGAAGACAUGAACCAGGGUUGCAUUAAUAUUUUGCAUAUAAGAAAGCGAUGUUGUAUUUAGCACCUUUCUCACAAUAGGAUCCAAACCACUUUGUAUAUUUGUAUAAGGUGAGGCAGCCAUCGUGGGCAUGCAGUUGCUGUUCUAAUUAAUCAGUCACAUCUUUCUAUGCCCAAUUGGAGCUUGCAAUCUAAUUCCAUAUCACACACCAGGUUCCAUUUUUUGUUAGAAGCCGCUUAAUCUACCAGUGUGCUUUUGAGCUUUGUAGGAGAAAACUAGAGUAACCAGUAGAAAACCACGCAAGCAUGGAGAGAACAUACAAACUCCACACAAAUAUAGCCUUGGACAUUGCACCUGACACCCCAAUACAAUGAGGCAGCAAUUCUAACCACUGUGCCACCAUGCUUAGUAAAAGUAGUUUACUUUAUGCUUUUGUUUUCAUUUCCAGUAAGAAAUGUACAGAAUGUAUUCCAAGGGGUAUAUUUACAUCAUUGAGUGAUGGAGGCAAUUUAAAGUUCCAGACACAGGGUAUAUUACCAUUACUAGUCACAGAUAUAAGUGACGGCAACAUAAGACUGAGAAAAAUCUCUUGUGUGUGACACUUAUUGCAGUUUCUUUAUUAUAUUCUGCAUGUGCCAGAAAAACUGAGGCACCCAUCUAGUAAUGUGUAGGUGCUUUCAAUAGAAUUACAGCAGCAACACAAUGUUAUCUCCUGUAUACCAUGCCUCCUGUAUACGCAAUGCCUCUUGUAGGCCAUGCCUCCUGUAUGCCAUGCCUGUGGAGUACGCUAUAUAAAUAACUGAUAAUAAAAGACCCCACACCAUAACCGCCACUGACUCCUGGAGUUUCCUUUGUUGGGAUGUGACCAUUGCCUUGUGGGGUUUUCUCCAUCCAUCUACAUUAAACAGUUGGAACCUCAACUCGUCGGACCAGGAUACACGUGUCCAGUCAUCCUGUGUGCAGUGGCUGUGUUUACGAGCCCAGGUAUUGCUCAGAGCCUUGUGCUGUGGGUCAGCAGUGGGACACGAGUGGUCAUGGGCUCCUGUACCCCGUGCACUGUUGGAAUGUUGAUCUUACUUGUGCCCUCAGAAUUAAAUGUUGCUGUCAUCUUCGUCAAUGUGGCUCCUGGUCAGGAGUUACAAUCCGCGCCAGGUGACACAGUCCAUGAUCAUCAACAGUCUUUAUCGGCCACAGUGGUGCCAUGCUGGAUGUCUCCCUUGCUGUGUUGCCGUGGCACACUCAUGAAAUUAAACAUCAAACUCCAAACCUCAUGUAGAUUUCAUAGCUGGAGUGAUGCUCAUGAGUGUUAAUAAGAGGUGAGUGAGUAAUUGAGGCAGCAAUGUGUACAGAGGGAUGGGUUGCAGAGAGAAUGAAGACUGUAUUUGCUUUGGAGAGAAUACCAUGUAGUGCAAUGAAGAAAAACUAUUUGUGGUACAUGGGGGUAAAUUUACUAAGGUGGGAGAU